AUGAAGAAGGCCCCCUUCCUCGCGCUUGUCGCGUUUGGCGUGUACUCGCUUGUGCGAAUUCUCUACAACCUGGCCAUCUUCCCCGUCUGCCCCGAAGCGCUGACCGAGAUGAGGAAGGAGAUGAAGGAGGCCGAAGCCGAUCUGAAGAAGAAGGGCUUCAAGUUCCCCAACAAGAAGACCGAUUAA